AUGGACCCAUCCGUGAGACGGGAUCCGGAGCUGGAGGGUUCCGCAGAGAGCUCGCUACCGCAGCCUGCGCCUGCCGGGCCUCGUCCGCGUCUCCCUGCGCACCCCUCCGCGAGCGAGCCCGUGCACCACUUCGAGCGGGUUCAAACGCUUCCCCAUCGUCCUGCCGCGCGCCCCGCCUCGCCGGAGUAUUCGUGGGCGCCUGCUCGUGUUGCGUCGAACCGCCCGGACGGUCAGCCGCGGCAGGAGCGCGGGUGCUCGCCUCUGCGGCACCCUCAACAGCCGCCCUCUCCUCGCCGCCCUUCUCCUGAGCGUCGCGAGCACUAUCAGCGCGGGGAGGGGGGUAAGCGUUCUCCUGCACGUCCUCGCUCCCCUCGCCGCCCAUCCCCUCGUGGUCAGGCAGGCCAGCGCUCACCGCGAGCGCGAUCCCCCGCGCAACGUUCUCCUCGGCGAUCUCCGGCGACGCGGGGGAGGGGGUCGCCUGGUCGUCGCUGGGAUUCGGGUCGCCGCGAGCAGUCCCCCCCGCGUCCACAUUCGGCUGGUUCCGGGGGACGGCGGGGCUGGCGGAAGGGCGGAGGGCGAGGCGGGAAUGGCAACCAGCCUGAUCCAGCCCUCGAUCAUGCUGCGGACACGUUCGUGGAGGUGGUGAGGCAGGCCCGGGCGAGUGGGGCGCCGACUCACGUCCAUAUUGAGGUGACCAAUGGUCCCCCCUUCGCCGCGGACCCAGGCCAGGACGCUCCUCUGCGUGCGCCGACGUUGCGCGAGUAUCAGCCCGCGCGUGAGGGGAGGGCUCAGUUCCGCACCCCCCGUCAGGUUCCCGGCUUCUCUGCGCCGCGCUUGGCUGUUGGCCGGACUCCUGGCUGGCCGGCAGCGUUUCCGCGCGAAGCGCAGACUGCACCUCUCCCCACUCGCGCGGGGAGAGACCCCAUGCUGACCAUGUGCCGGGUUCUGAAUCUGGCGGAGGCGUGCGAGGUGGUGGCGAACUUGCAGCUGGCGGUGUGUGGGGCCACGAGGAGCUUUCCGAGCAGUUUUGGUCCAGGGACCCGAGGAUCCUGCGUGACUUUGGCAGAAUCACUCGAGUCGCCGUUGGCACCCGUGUCGGACGCGCCCGCUGGGGUCUCUUGGGACCCUGCCACUGCUGCCACCGCUCAUGCCCAUCUGCACGUGAGGGGCGCAGAGGCUAGCACUGCUGCUGCUGCUGGUGGUGGCGGUAGUGCUACUAGUAUGCCUCCACCCCCACCACCACUGCUGGUGCCGGGUAGGGGGAGGGGGAGCGGGAGGGACGAAGGCCGAGGAGAAAAGCCCAAUGAUGGUGCUGCUGGUGAUGCUGGUGCUGAUUGGGAUGUGUUGAUUUCAUACCACAGAGACAGUGACGUUCAGCUGACCUACGUGGGCAUUAACGACGACCUCACACGCCCUCACAUGCGCUCCGCUACCAAAAUGCAGUCCACUCCAAAUCUCCACCUGGCUUCACGCUGCUCUCCCACAUGGCGCGAUGACCUGGCGACUGCUGUGCUGGCAGCACUGCCACGUCAUCACUCCUUUGGAGCCUGUCGCAACAACAUGCGGCCAAUCACAGAGCAGAAGGCACACCCUGGGUGCAGAUCGGAUCCAGACACGUGGCAAUCUCGCGCACACUGUGUAAUGUCCCGGUACAAGUUUGUACUCGCAAUAGAGGGAGCCGUACUCCCUGGAUACGUGACUGAGAAGCUCUUCAUUCCCCUAGAAGCCGGCUCUGUACCAAUCUACUAUGGAGCUCCAGAUGUCUUUAACUAUGCGCCUCCAUACUCUUUCAUCGAUUUAAGGGACUUCUCCAAUUUUACACAACUGGGUGCUCUUAUUGAGCGACUCAGUAGCAACACAAGUGAGUAUUUGGACUACCAUGCAUGGCGAAUCUGUGGCCUCCCUGGCAAUUACCAGCAUGCCACUGAGCUGGGCAUUAGAACCUUACCUUGUCGGCUUUGUGAAAUUGUUGCCAGAUGUAUACAUUAG